UCUGUCAGGAGUAAAUCCACAAGGGUUGAGACUUGAUCAAAGUCUUCCAGGGAAUUUGACACAACUUAGUCGAACAGGAGUAACUGAUCUUGGAUUAGAUAAUGAUCAGUUGCCAGUUGGUGGUUCAAUACCAUGCUCAUUACCGUUAACAGGGAUUCCAAAAGAUAUGGUGUCAGCCAGAGGAAUGGUACCUUUACCCGGUACACCCACAAAUGGUUAUAAUGCAUUAGCACUUGGCUCGCAGUUGAAUUCUGGUGAGGUACAUCAAGGAGGUAUACCUUCUAUACGUGGUGUUAUGCCAACUACAACGCAUUACAAUGCCAAAAACGUGCCUUCAUACACCGAUCAACGAGGAAUUCAAGAGUUUGGGGGAAUGGGUCUUCCCCCAAACAUGCCAAACCCACGACCAGAUCUAUUGGUAUUACCAGAUCCACAGCAGCAAGCGGACCAACUCAUGAGCCAAGUUGAAAAGGAUGUCGAGGCAGCUUUACAAAAUUCUAUCGGGAAAUACCUUGGCCCCAAAGUACAAGAGACCAUUUCGUCCAUAUCAACGCUCGGCAUGGCUCUUUACAACGGAUGGAAGAUGACCUUGGUGGUGCUUGCUGGACUACCAAUAAUUGGGCUGGCCAAUCGGAUUCAACAGAAUGAAGCUGUCACAGUGGAACCGGAGGGGGUUGAAGCACUCAUGAAAACAAGCUUCAAGAAAAUGGAAACAAUUUCCGCUCUCGGAAUGGAAAAUAAAUUUGCAAAGAAAUACAAGGAUGCAAUCUUCGAAAAAUAUAAACAGGCGUUGAAGAAGAUUAUAGCCAGUGGUUUUGCUUUCGCUCUGGGACAAGCUAUGGUAUUCUUCAUUUACGCAGGUGCACUUAGAUUUGGCUGUUACCUAAUCAGCAUUGGGGAUAUGGCUGCCAUUGAAGUUUUGGGAGUAUUAAUGACGGUGCUGUUUGGUUCUUACGCCACAUCGAGCACGCGUGCGCCGUCUCACGCGCAUGAAGAGAACGAGGAUUCAGUGAACAGACUAUUUGACGACGAAAAACCAAACGUGCAGGAUCACAUUGGUGAUCACAAGUUGGACGAGGUUGAAGGCAACUUGGAGUUCAAACACGUUGAACUUCCAGACCCACUCCAUAACGGCACUCCGCUGCUGAGCCAGAUGAACGUGAAGGUCAGGAAAGGACAAAAACUGGCUAUUGUUCUACUGGACAGCGAGAAAGUGAAUCCCUUUGAACUUUUAUUGGAGCGUUUCUUUGAUCCUGUCGCGGGAACCUUGCUUUUAGAUGGAGCAGAUAUUCGCAAUCUGGACCUUUCUUGGUUACGAUCCCAUCAUGCAGUAGUAUCCCAUCGAUGUUUCCUGUCACAUUACAGUAUUGCCGACAACAUUGCUUAUGGCGACAACAGGAGACGCGUGACACAAACGGAAAUUGAGGACGCUGCCUAUUCGGCGUAUGCACACGAAUUUAUCGGGGAUUUACCAAAGAGUUAUGAAACGAUUCCUGAUGAAGAUCAAAUCAAAUUGAGCGAUAGUCAGAAAUUAAGGAUAGUUAUAGCACGGGCAAUUAUCCGCGGAUCGCCACUUAUCAUUCUAGAUCAGCUGGAAGAAGAAGAUCAGGCUGUGACCGAUGCCACUGAUAUUCUUUUCCGGAAUAGAACCUGUCUCAUACUCACAAGACAAAGACAAACAAUUGAAACUGCGGACCACAUCAUCCUUAUGUACCACGGGCGCAUACUUGAACAAGGAAGCUUAAAUGAACUUUUGGCGCAGAGACGCUUGUUUUAUUUAUUAACAAAUUUAGCAGACGCUGACGAGUUUUAGGUUGCUUUUAAUGUU